GUUUUCUCGAGUGUUGAUUGGUCAAUAUUUCUUCUCUUAAUAUUCAGAAGGAAAUUCAAACGGGCUGAGGUUUUUGGUGGCAUCCUGAUUGACAAAAUUCAGGAUGAACAAAGGACAAACAACAUAUAUCCAUACCAUAGGAUUGGAUUCCUACCGGUCUAUCAACGAGUAUAUGAAGUCAAUUGAGGAACAACAAGGACAGUUCCAUCAAUGGCUUGAAGAAAUUUUGACCGAUUGCAAAGCAGCUUUUGAAAAACCAGACAUCAGGUUAUUGCCAAAGACACCUUCAGCUAAAAGAAGCAAGAAAAAAAUUAAAAAACGUGACAGCAGUGAUGUUUUUGAACCACCAUCGAAAAAAUGUUUAAAAGAAAAUGAUGAUACAGAUGCAGAUGAGGAACAACCAAGAAGACGAGGACGGCCUCGACGAGCAGCCUCCAGAACAGUGUCAAACUCCUCAGUCAAGGCUCAGACAAGACAAACAAAACAGAUUUCAGAAGAUGGCCCACAGCUGUCUAUUAUUAAAGUUAUAGAGAAUGAGAACUCUGAAAAUGUGGCAAGUGUUUCCACUCCAGAAAAUGACAGGCUUCAUAUAGCCAAAUCUAAUAACAUGCCUGCUGAAAAGUCACCUCUUCGUAAACAUGCUGUGACAGGUGUGAAGAAGGCAGGACCAGGUCAUGUGAAGGAUAAGGUUCAUGUGUUUGAGGACUUGAUUGAGGUGAGUAGCCCUACAACGCCACGAAACAACAGCUGUAACACAACACCAAGAAACAACAGCUAUAAUACAACACCUGUCACACAAAAGAAGCUGCACAAUACGCUUGUGUCAGAUGUGCGUGAGGGGACUGAAUCUGUAUCUGAAACACCAGAACAAGACACCUGUUCAGCAGCUACACCUGACACUGUCAAAGGGCCAACAAGACCUGUAGAAACACCAUCACAUAUUGAUCAUCAACCUUCAAAUGUUACAGAAACCCCAAACACAACUCUCACACCAUCAGCACGAAAUGAAUCUGAAGGUCGACGACGGAGUUCAGUUAGGUCACGGAGGUCAUCCAGGACGAGCUUGAGGAAAUCACUGAAAAUGCUGGCCUCUCAAAGUAAACUGGAAAUGACAAAGUUGAGAAAUCACUUGCAGAUUCCUGCCUUGCCAUCUGCUGCAUCUGUUAACCAAGAUUCUCCUAGUACCGAUAGAUUGCUAACAGCUACACCCACCACUGAAAGAAAAGUUGUCCACACAAAACUGAAGUUGAAGAAAAAGGAGAUACAAGUUGAUCCUCCAGCUGUGUCCAGCCCACUUCUGUCAAAGGCCACCGAUCACUCCGAAGAAAAGGAAGGUGUCAGUGCUGUUUGCCAACCUGAGUAUCAACAAUCGGACAGAGUGCUUAAUACGCCAGAGGCUAAAUAUGAUGUUGAUGAAUCAUUCGACGAAUUGGUGAUAAAGAAUCUCCAAGUUGUUUAUGUUGAAGAUUCUGACAUUGAACUAAUAUCAGAUGUCGAUGAUAAUAAAAAGAAUGAGCAAGAUAGUGAUUCGAGUGAGAAAAAUAAGAACUCUGAUGAUACAAAGAGAGGAAGGUCAACAUUCACUGCCAAAGAUAUUUGUAAGGAAGUGGGCGAAAUUUCUUCUGGUAAGGAAGAGAAUUUAAAGACGGAAGAUAAAACAAUAGACUUAAGUGUGAAGCCUGUUCGUGCAAGCACACGAACCAAGCAACGCAAGAACACUGUUACAUCUUCAGUUUCUUCCAAUGAGGAUUCUACAUUAGACAGAGAUUCUGGGCUUGGAAAAGAAACUGAAAUUGUGAGAAGCACACGGUCAAAAAUGCGCAAACCUAAAUCUGCUACAAGUUCAGUGGAUGACAGUGAUGCAGACGAUGAGAGAGCAGGAGGUGAAGAAGUUGUACCAGUUCGACAAAGUACGCGAACGAAGCAGCGAAAACAAACCGCAUCAACUGCAUCAACAUCUGAUUUAGGGGAGAGCUCCAUGGAACCACCAGUAAGGACCAGUUCUCGUACGAAGCAGAGGAAAAACGCUGCAGCCUCGUCUGUGUCGUCCGUCGAUGAUGAGGCGAUGGAGGUUGAUGGGGAGAGUCAGGUCCGUCAAAGUACACGCUCUAAGGCACGCAAACCCAGAGCUGCACCUGUAUCUGUCAGUAGUGACGAGGGAGAUGACCCAUUCCUGAUGCCUGGAGCACCUCCGAUGCGUUCCACUAGGACGAAGACAAGGAAGCGACAGUUGGAUGAGGACAAUAGUGCUGAUGAGUCGAUAUCAAAGAAAUCCUGUACAGAACACUCCUUAACACAGGUGGAUGAUUCCUUUGAACAGCUUGAGAGGCUGUGCAACAGCAGUGUUGAUUUUUCAAGCAGCAAAGAAACCUUAACACCAAAAUCAAGCGAAUACAGUGACACUGGAUCAGCAGAGAAAACUUCGCUUACAAAACCUCCAUCUUUUGUGAACAACCUGUCAAAGGUUCUACCUCCUUCCGCUUUGUCAACAGGUAUCAUGAAGUCUUUCAUCAAAAAUAAAAACUCUCCAGCCAAACUCACUGUAAAGGAACAGCAAGAACAGCGUAAGAAAGAACUGACCGAAAAGCAGAAAAAGGACGAACAGAGACUGCAACAGCGCGACGCCUUACUGAAGAUCAGGAUCGAGGAACAGCGCAAGAAAAGGGAAGAGAGGAUGAAAAAGGCUGCUGAUCAGAGACAGCUCUUACAGAAACAUGAUAUCGACCUGAAGAACAAACUCCAGAGACAGAGAGAGGAAAAGCUACAGCAGACCGAAAACUUGCGAGAGGAGAAACUCAAGGAGGAACGAGAGAAGCAAAGAAUUAGAUUAAAAAAGAUGCAAGAAAAUGAGGAGAGGAGAAAGCAGGAUGAAGAAGAGAGAUUACGAAAGCUGAAAGAACAGGAGGAAGAAGAAAAGAAGCAGAAAGAAUUGCAGGCAAAGAAAAAAGAACAAGAGCAGAAGGAGAGACAACGAUUGAUUUUAGAGGAGAGGCGGCGCCAGGAAGAGAGAGCCGCUCAAGUGGAACGUGAACGUCAGGCUGAACAGGAAAGGCUGAAACAGGUGUUUGAGGAGGAGCGACAGAAGGAAGCAGAAAGACAGAGACUGAAGGAACAGAGGGAAAAGGCUGCAGCACUCGCUCAGGCAGAGAAAGAGAGGCUCGAACUCGAGAAAAGAAAAGAAAGGGAGCUCCAAUUAAAAAAGAAUUUGGAAAAACAGAAAGAAAUGGCUAGAAAACAACAAGAGAAAUGGGAUAAACAGAAGGAGGAGCAGAAAAGACAGGCAGCAGAGUUACAGAACCUGAUAGCCAAACAUAAUGCCAGCGUGACCGCUCCAGCCCCGGUCAAAAAGGUCCCACUACCCAAACCUACAUUUAACACCACACAAAACAUGUCUCAAUCGACCAACUCAGACUCAUACGAAAUGACACCUGUGAGAAAACACUCGUGGAACCAUGACAACUAUGAUAUCACCGACAUGAAAUCGGAUGACUCCACUGAUGAUGACGAAAAACCUAGGAGGAAGAUACCUUCAUGGGCUUUAGGUCCUAAUUUGAAAGCUUUACUGAUUAACCAGCACUACCACCCACCAGAGCUACAAAACCUAUUCGGACCCAUCGAUCCUCCAGAUUUAAACCAGCUCUUUAAUAAGAAGAAAGCUCGCUUCAAUAAGCGCACAAGCUCUGCUCAUUGGGACUCGCCCAUUAUGAAACCAGGAACAACCUUCCUGAAUUAGCUUGUGUAUUUCAUGAAUUACCAGUGACUGUUGAUUUGAUAACUCUAUGAGCAUCAAAGAAUUAGUUUAAUUUCCAAGUGAUAUUUUAAAGACGCUAAACUGCGCUCUGUCUGACAUUACAUUUCACAAGGGGAGCAUAUGUAAAGCAUUUGAAGUUCAUCUAUUCCCACAAAGUAUCUACGUAUAACUGAAUUAGCUGUGUUGUAUUUAGAUAUUAUGUAUAUACGGUAUUUGAAGCCAGAAUUUAAAGGGUAUGUUUCUGUUUUUAAAAUAGUUGCAUCAAUAGUAGAUACAUAGAUAUAUGUACAUACUAUUUUUGAAAAUGGAAUUGAUAGAUU